CAGACCCGGGGUGUAGUGGUGAAGAAGACGGCGAUCCGAAAAAAUGGCGAAGUCGGCAGUGUGCACGGCACCAUGGAUGUCUGGGGUUGUGGUGUUAGUGCUGUUUGUCACGAUGGUGGAUCCAACCGAACACCAGCAAUCUGAACACGGGACGGCUCAACAAGUUUUUCAGUUUGAAGUUAACCAAGUCCUGGACAGACAGUUCACUCAGCUGACACAAGCCUUGGAAACAGCAGAAACCUCCAGGGUGAAGAGGACAGUGGACUUCACUCUCUCUCCAAUGUUUCCCCAUGAAACUGAAGAUCAGGCAGAGGAAGUGCACUUGUCUGGAGUCUCCAUGACUGAUGUCUACACAAUGGCCUUCCUACAGCUGGAUGAUGUAGCAUUCCUCUUCCUUGCAUCAGGAAACAGCCAAGUCCACAAUGUUACCAUCUUUGCACUUGAUGCCGAUUCUGAAGACUUCUCUAAGGCAGGAGAGUGGCAGGUUUCAGGACCUGUUGUUUUGGAAGCCAUCAGCAUGGGGUCCUCAGGCUUUCUCCUGGUGUCUGAAGAAGAUGAGAAGAAUGUGCCUAAAGCCUACCGAACAGAAAUAUAUACCUUCAACAGAGGUGCCACAUCAUUUGUGCAGACCAUAGUCACACCAGGCAGCUGUCACUGGAGGCACUUUACCAUGGAGGACGGUCUCUUUAUAGCAAUGCUGAGUGAAAGAGCUUAUUCAGGAUCAAUGUUGCUACAUAUAUACUACUGGGACGGUGCCUAUUUUGACAAGGUGUAUGAUAUCCCAGUGCAGACUGCCUGUGACAUUGAACCCUUCACCAUCCAGAAACAGUCUUACCUGGCAGUAGCUAACUGCCCCACUGAUUCAGCUAAGGGAACAGAACGCAACUCUUCACUAAUCUACAAAUUUCUUCCAUUCAAGAAUGAGUUUGAGGUUUAUCAGAUGCUACCGGGCUAUGUUACUACAGACUUGGAAUUUUUUACUGCUGGACCAGAUGCUUUUCUAGCAGUAACCCAGAGAACUGCCUGGACCUCCACUCUCCAGCACACUGACACCUACAACUGUGAAUGUGUCAUCUAUCGCUGGAACGGUUAUUUCUUUGUCCCCUAUCAGGAUAUCCCUCUGACUGAUGCUGAUGUAACAAAGUCAGUACAACUUUAUCAAGAACAAGCGGUCUUGUUGGUCACAAAUGCAAAAGACAGUGUAGAGACAUACCAGCUCGCCAAUGACAAGUUUGAACAAUCUUCCAUUUUUUCUUCUCAUUCAGACCUUAUUGGAGUUAAGGACAUCCAUAGCUUUUAUGCAGGAACUUCAUCAUACCUGAUGUUUAUAUCUGAUGAGGCCAGGCUGUUUAAGCUCACAUUUCUACAACGAAGAAACCUGAUGGGUUUUCAACAUGUUACAGUGGGUGAAGGUGUUUGGUUAAGUGCUGAACUUCAAAACGUGGAAAAAAGUAUAAGCAAACUUAGCUCAGAUAUCCAAAUGAAAGAGGUGAAGCUGAACAUGUCUGAACUUGUGGAGGGGCGGAAAUCAUUUCAAAACAUCACCAUAUCACACUGGCUUACAGAGUGGGAUGACACUAUUGUCACUGAAGAGGAAAAGCAAGCGGUGCAGGAGUAUGAGGACUUAAUGGCCUCAAUACUCCUCAUGUACAGUACCUCCAUGGACAUCAUGGACUCACUGCCGAGGUACCUGUCCAAGUCUGGAGAACAGACAUUUACCACUGAUAAACACAUCAAAAGCCUCAAAGUCAAACAUUUGUCUACUUCUAAAAACAUUGAUGCAGAAAUCAUUAACAAGGAGAAAUUCAGGCACCUUGUAAAGAACAUGUUUUACAACAACCAAGCUGACCAGUCAGUUCAUGCUACCCUAACACUUCCCUUUCUAACAGUUCAAGGCAAUGUCACAGUGUUAGGAACUAUUGAUGACUUGCACAUUCCUCUAGAUGUUGUUUUUCAACACAUACCAAAUGACAUCUCUGCUACAAAGGCCUUUGAACAGGGGGUGGUUUUCCACCAGGACAUGGACGUCAGUGGAAGUAUUGAUGACAUGUUGUUGGAAGACUGUUUGUUGACUCAAGAAGACCAAAAUGUUACAGGCUUUCUGACCUUUGGAGAUGAUAUCUCCUGUAAGGGUGAAGUGAUCGUGGAAGAAGAAUUGACCGUCAGUACUGUUGACUUAUCAUCGCUGGCAGGUGCUGUAGUGUACCUGCAGGUAGGUGGUGCACCUGUCAGGCUCGCUGGCAGCUGUGUCAUCACCACAACCGUGGAUGUCCAGGGAGAUGUCUCUAUAACUGGCACCAUUGACCAGGUGGACAUCUGCCAACUCGGUGAAACUGUGAUGAGAGUAGACUCCUCCCAGAUCAUCUCUGCUGACUGGACUGUGCUCAGUGACGUCACAUUUACUAAAGACUUGACAGUCGCUGGAACCAUCAACAAUGUCUUCCUGCCAGGAGAUGUGGCACGUUGGGAAGGAGACCACAUCAUGACUGGUGACGUGUUCCUGAACAACAGAGUGGUCAUAACCAGUACAGGAGUGCUGGUCCUGGGGGGAACGGCUGAUGGCAUUUUGUUGUCAAACAUCCUGACUGUGGAGUCAGAUCAAGAGAUAAAUGGGCAAAUCAUGUUCCAGACCAACAUUGUUCUGAGAAACUCCAGUAUUGUGUCAGGACUGAUUAACGGCAUAGAAUUACCUUGGUUUGCUGCUGACAUCUUGUGGAAAAGUGUUGAGAAUCUGAUGACUGAUCUUCAAUCUGGUGUUAUGAUAAUCACUGGGGUGAAGACGUUUGCAGAUUUCUUGGUCUGCCAGCCACCUUGCAGUGUGGAUGGUUUUGUGGAUGGUGUGGACGUGACUCAUCUCUACCACAACACAGUAGGACCUCACCAGCCUGACAAUGUCCCAGAGAAUGUCCUUCUUGUCAGCCAGUCGUACAUGUCAGCACAUUUGUCCUCGGACUCAAGGUCUUUCUGGACUGACUUCACCUUUGCUGACGUGCCGGCUAAUCUGAAAUCCAACCUGUAUUUCCUCGGCAACGUUUCCAUCUCAGACCACCUCUCUGUUGAAGGUUUGGUGAAUGGCGCUGAUGUCAAUGCAAUAUUAACAGAUGCCCUUGUCACUACUGGGCCCCAGGUGGUUGUUGGCUCCAAAGUGUUUGUAGAUGGAGUGACGUUAACAGAGCUACAUGUUGAUGGAACAGUGGAUGGACUAAACCUUCCUGAUGAUGUGAUGACUAUCCAAGCUACACAGUACAGUAGUGGGGUGCAGACAUUCCAAGAUGAGGUACACCUGUCUAAACUGGCUGCUGGGCAGCUGACUGUACAUGAAUUGUCUGAUUGGAACCUAACAGACCUGAUGAUGAACACACUGUUCACACAUGCCCACCAGAGUGUACUAGGGAAGAAGACCUUUGCAGGCAGUCUUGACAUCGUUGCCGAUCUGAUGGUUGUAGGAGAGGUCGAUGAAGUGAUGCAGCUACAAAAUGUAACAAGUGAUGCGGUGAAGAAGGAUGGUUCUGUAACUGUGGCAACAAAACAAGUGUUUAUGGAAGUUUCCAUUUGGAACAUAUCUGUGACAGGUCUGUUGUCUGGAGUGGACAUGUCCUACCUGAGUCCUGGCAGGGUGAUGGUCCAGCAUAUGAACCAGACCAUCCAUGGACACAGGACCCUUCUACAGAACGUAUCCAUGACAUGUCUCACUGUCCAGGGGUUACUGAAUGGAGCUGAUGUGUUACAGUUGGAGCAGGAAGCCAUGCUGGUGACGGACACGUGUUACACAGGCGUGAUGUUUAAAGACGUCAUCAGCGAAGGGAACAUCAGUCUCCAUGAAGGAGGACAGACAGAUGGACUGGACCUGUCCCUGGACUUGGAUGGAAAGAUCAUCUAUGGCCAGAAGACUUUCCUGAUGCCUGUCCAUGUGCAUGGAAAUAUCAGAUCACAGAACGGCCGGAUAGAUCAGGUGAACUUGACUCAGGUGGCAGACCAGACCAUGGACACCAAGUCUUCUCAGGUCAUUACUGCAGCCAAGACCAUCCAUGGAAAUGUGCACCUCACAGGGGACAUGAUUAUCCAAGGCUUCUUGAAUGGGAUACUUGUCAAUGAAUUUCAACAUGGAGCCAUGACCUUAACUAGAGAUCACAUCAUCUCUGACCACAAAAGAUUCCAGGAUGUCAUCAUUACUCAACUGUCUGUCUCAGGAACAACUACUGGGGUUCAUCUGGAAGAUGUCAACUCACAAAGGGUAACUCUGAACAAGACAACUCACAUCAUGGGUAGAAAACUACUUAUGGCCUCGACUGGUCUAAAGAAUCAUCUGACAACAUCUGAGAUUGUACUAUCAGGGCUCCUCACUGGGCUAGAUGUCCCCAUCUUCAGCUCUGCUGUCCUUAGGAGGUCCAGUACUCAAGUGAUAACUGGUCUGCACACGUGGCAGUGUGUGGUGCAGACACAGAGUCUCCAGCUAGGGGGUGCCCUGAACAGUGUUGUCCUUCACAACGUCUGGCUGACUUCACAAUCCACCAGCACCAUACAGGAAAAGACUUUCAGAUUCCCACUCAGGAUCAUUGGCGAUAUUGAGUUAGGUCCAGAUGAGACUGUGAAUGGAGUGGACAUAUCUGAGUGGGAACGUCUGUCUGUACUGACAGAUGGAAGAAGACAGGUGCAUGGAAGUGUGAGGAUGGGAUCUGUCCAUGUGACAGCUGGCUUGAGGGUUACUGGGCACAUAGAUGGUGUGGAGGUCAGCAGGAUGAUGAGGGUCCAUGGUGAUCAGGUCAUCACCGGGAGGAAGACAUUUAUUGGCAAUGUGGUCAUUUCCAAGCAGUCUGACAUUUUAUUACAUGGCUUAUUCAAUAAGUUGGACAUGAAGACCUUAAUGCAGGGAGCCCUGAAACAUGAGAGUACUUCCUUCCUGAUACUGACUCAUGUGUAUGGGAAUGUGUCAGUCCAUGGCCGGGUGGGCUUCAGCUUGUCUGUGGGCAGGUAUGAUCCUGAGGGUCUGCGUGAAGGGAGUCGUCAGCUGGUGCAGAUGUACACUGACGUGUCCCAGUACUUGCCUCAUCACAGGACCCACACCUGUCAGGCAGUCAACACACUCAACACUUUCCUGUCAGCCUUCAGGUUACCUGUACAGUACUUUGAGAUGCAAGUCCUGUUUGAUGAGGACAGUAUUUCCGUGCAUGGAUUUGGGCACCAGCUGCAGCAGUAUGUCAUGGUGUGUAGCUGUCAGGCUGUUACUGUCUACAUGAUGACAUCAUCAGCAGACCAGCCCCUCAUCCCAGUCUACAGCAGCACUUUCAGCCCAACAGUUCACAUCACUUCAUACAGCUUCACCAACAGGACAUUCAUAGUAACUACACAUGAUAAGACCAACUGGUACCCAACUGUCUGUACCACAAUACCAGAUGACAGCUUAUAUGCCUACAGUACAAUCUAUGAGUGGUCAGGAGAACACCUGGUGCCUGUACAGACUAUUCUCCGACCACCUGGCCGAUGGGGGAGGGGCAUAUCAGUGGAGCCUUUCUGGGAUGGAACAUACCAAUAUAUCCUCAUCACAGGAGAAGCUGGGAAUGAGGCUCUCGUGUACCGCUCUACAGCUCUGAGGUAUGGUUUGAUAAAUGGAUUAAAACUACAAGGACUACACCAACUCACAACGGUUCAGUAUAGAGGAAAGAUAUUUGCAACUGUGUCCAAGAGCAGUGCGCCCGACGCCAGCGCACCUUUCACAGCUGACAUAUACUCCUGGCGGUCGCGGAUCCAGCGGUUCACCCUGAUUGGCAGGAUUCCUGAGCACGGUGUUGUGGAGUCGCGGCUGUUUGCUGCGGAGGACAGCCUGUACGUGGUCCUGCUGACUCAGCAAACCUCCCAGGCUCAUGGAACAAGGAGUUUAUUGUCAGUUUACCAGUACGGGGUGAGGAAUCGUUUCCUACGUCAGCAGCAGGACAGCCUGCCCAGCACAGCUAAGGACAUCCAGGUCAUCACAGCUGCUGGUGUCACCUAUCUGUGUGUGACAGUGGAGGGAGUCAAACUCAUGCUCUAUACUUGGAAAGGUGACUCAGGUUUUGUCUUUGACUUGUCUGUGAACGUACCUGGACUGAUGAGUGCAGAGAUGUUCACAGACAGGAGACGUACUCGCGUGUACGCAGUAGUACGGACAGACAAGACUGUGGAGACCAAACCUAUCAUCACAAACGUUAGGCAGUCUACAGGUCACAUCAGCACUGCUGUACUGUGGAGCAUAUUACCAGGUGUGCCUGUGAGGGAACCUGCAUCCAUCUGCCAGCCAUCUGAGAAGACAGGCAAUCAGGAGACUGCAUGACAGCUAAAUGCUGGUUCAAAGAAGGUCCCAAAGAAAAGAUCAUAGGGAGGGUAUAUAAGGGAAAAAUUGGUGUUUCAAAGAAUUCAGAACAUACCAACCAUCCACCCAUGUAUGGUGCACAAUUUUCAAAAAGGCACUUUGCUCAACUUUCCUCAGUCCACCCAGGUGUAAAAAUGGGUACCUGACUUUGGUUGGGGAGGUAAAAGGUAGCAGGAGGAGAGGGUUUGGCUCUGCCUUCCAAUACCAUACUCUAGACACAGUGGAUAAUAACCCACUUGUCCCUGUGGCCUCAAAAAGGCUAUGGGACUACCUUUCCUUUUUUUUACUGGAACAGGUAAUGAGGUUUAGAUCUGCUGGGGCCGGGUAACCAGGUAUUUCAAACCCUGAACACCAUGCAGUUUUGGA